UCCGAAAGGACUGUCUUGUGUGCAGUUUCACUAGCCUUUUUCCCGUCAGGGUUGCUAUAAAUUAUAUAGCUGCACAUCAGUUAAGAAAUUUUCAACAUGGCAAAGCUAGUGUGUAUCGGUGAUUUCGAGGUACUUGCGAAGAAAGUCUUGCCACAAUACGCCUACGAUUUCUACGCUUCAGGGGCCGAAGAGGAAUUCACGUUGAAGGAAAAUUGUCAAGCAUACAACAAGUUACGUAUAAGACCUCGUAUCCUGUGUGGAAUAUCUGAUGUGGACUUGUCAUUGUCCUUAUAUGGAGAGAAAAUCAGCAUACCUAUUUGUAUUGCUCCUGUCGGGAUACAAGCCAUGGCAAACCCUAUGGCAGAAAAGGCCAGUGCACAAGCCGCACAAGAUACAAAAACUUGCAUGGUUGUUAGUUGUAUGGCAUCAGCCACCAUUGAAGAUAUUGCAAACACAGCACCAAAUGGUUUACAUUGGCUUCAAAUGUACAUCUUCCAGGAUCGUGAAUUUACAAAGAGCCUUAUUAAGCGUGCAGAGGACAGUGGUUACAAAGCAAUCGUUUUUACAGUUGAUGCCAUAAUCCAUGGUCGGCGAUGGCGCGAUUUAAGAAAUCAAGCUGAUUUAGUGCCACAUUUGAAGUUUGGUAAUGUUGAAGGACCGAAUACUGAUGACUAUGCUGUGAACGUGAAAUCUAUCAUUGAACAGGCAAUUGACUGGAAUUCAUUUGCCUGGCUGAAAAGUGUUACCAAGCUACCUGUUCUGAUAAAAGGGAUAUUGACUGCAGAGGAUGCUAAACUAGCUGUUGAGCAUGGUGUUAAUGGAAUAAUUGUGUCCAAUCAUGGAGGCCGACAACUGGAUGGAGUGCCAGCAACUAUUGAUGCUCUCCCAGAAGUAGUAAAGGCUGUUGAAGGGAAAGUUGACGUUUUUGUUGACGGAGGAAUAAGACAUGGUACUGACGUACUCAAAGCGUUGGCACUUGGAGCACGGGCUGUGUUCAUUGGGAGACCUGUGGUGUGGGGUUUAGCAUACCAAGGAAAGCAAGGUGUGUCAGAUGUUCUACACAUGCUAAAAGAAGAAUUGAAAAUUGCCAUGAUAGUAGCAGGAUGUGGAAGAUUGUCAGAUAUCAAACCAUCCUUGGUUGUGAAAGAAUCUUUUUAUUCUCAUCUGCCGUAAAUCUGCAAGAAUAACUCAUUAACAGAACGUCAAAGCCUGUUCCAAGCAUUCAUUUGUAAAACGGCGCGAAAGUAGCAGAGGAGUGAAAAAGCGAGGGAGGUUUGGGGCGGGUUUCAUUACUCGACCCAACCCAAGCCUCCUCAUUUUUUCUCUCUUCUGCUACUAUAUGUUCACUAUCGCACUUCGUUUUACUUAAAGAACGCCUGGAACAGGCUAGAACGUCAUUGAGAGACUCUUAACGCGUGUCACAUGUAUGGCCUGUUAGAUUAUCAUGAGAUCCUUGUGCGAAUUUUGUGAGCCUUGGUUUGUCUUGCGCUUCAAGACCUCACAUUACAACGACCCUGAUCGUUGUAAUAGGCCUCCUACGAUUAUCGUCAUGGGAAGUUUUGUCUAGAUUUUAGCUCUCGAAGAUUGGUUGUUUUUCAAGUAUUUUGUUAUUCAUUUCGAAAGUCUUGCAAAAUUGUUUGACUCAGUUUAAUCUGCCAAGAUCAGUUGUCCUGUAGGGCCCACACACGCCUGCCUAUAAGACAUUUAAUAUAUUGUACGUAGGGCUAAAUGAGGUCAGAAAAGAGUGGCAGUCUCCCCCUAUUAAAAGUUCUUGUUAAUCAGGCUCCUGGUGCCUCCUGUUUGCGCAUGGUGUUCGAGCUACUUUACCUCAACAGUUCAACGUUGGGGAUCACGUGGUAGCUGAUAUAUCACAGUGAAUAUAACUCCCUUAAAGAAUGAACUCGCCUUACAUGGAGGAGCUAAAGCGACGAAAAGCAUUAAUUUAAGGGGCUAGAUUGCAUAAUCUUGCCUCAGUGGCUAAAAAUGUUGUAAUAUAUCGCAAUAACUGUCGAAAAUUGAAACGCAGUAAAAAGGACACUUUUUUUUUCGAAUACGCCUUAAGAUAAAUCUCGAACAAAAGAGCUAUUUACAACUGGAGUGUACAGUACACG